AUGGUUUGUAUGGCUGACUGUAAGCCAUACUCUUCUCUCAUGGCUUUUAAACUUGCUUCCUCUCCUCCCAAUGAUGAUUUACCUUUUUCCAAUCCUUCUCUCUACAGAAGUAUUGUUGGAGGUCUUCAAUACCUCACUAUCACCAGACUAGAUCUUGCUUUUGCUGUGAAUUUUGCUUGCCAAUAUAUGCACCAACCUCUUGUUCGACAUUUUGUUAUGGUCAAAAGGCUUCUCAGAUAUCUUAAAGACACCCUUGGUUACGGUCUUCAGUUUAGCCCUGGUCCUCUUACACUGCAUGCCAUUUUAGAUUCUGAUUGGGUUGGUGAUUUUCUAGAUAGAAGAUCAACUACUGGGUUAUGUGUUUUCCUUGGCCCUAAUUUGGUGACUUGGUCUGCUAAAAAGCAACCUACUGUGGCUAGAUCUUCUACUAAAGCUGAGUAUAGGGAUUGGCUUAAACUGCUGCUGAGUUAA